AUGGUGGGUUUCGGGGCUAACCGGCGGGCCGGCCGCCUGCCCUCCUUCGUGUUGGUGGUGCUGCUGGUGGUGAUCGCGGUCCUCGCCUUCAACUACUGGAGUAUCUCCUCCCGCCACGUCCUGCUUCAGGAGGAGGUGGCGGAGCUGCAGGGCCAGGUCCAGCGCACCGAGGUGGCCCGUGGGCGCCUGGAGAAGCGCAAUUCGGACCUCCUGCUCUUGGUGGACUCGCACAAGAAACAGAUCGACCAGAAGGAGGCCGACUACGGCCGCCUCAGCAGCCGGCUGCAGGCCAGGGAGGGCCUGGGGAAAAGAUGCGAGGAUGACAAGAUUAAACUACAGAGCAACGUAUCAUAUCAGAUGGCAGAUAUACAUCAUUUAAAGGGUACGGUGAACAAGCUCUAUGCUUUGCUUACAUUACUUCAUACCAUCACCAGCCUGUGGAGUUUGGGACCUGGAGAGGACCCCUCUUCUCCCUCACACCCUUUGGUUACAACACUUUUUCAGUGUGGCCAACAGAUCAAGGAGUUAAGAGCACAGCAUGAAGAAAAUAUUAAAAAGUUAGCAGACCAGUUUUUGCAGGAACAGAAGCAGGAGACAAACAAGUUUGAUUCAAAAGAUGCAAACGAGUUGGGAAUAAACAAUCAUGCAGUACCUAAAAACAUUCCAAAAGUACCUGAGAAUGCUGCAGAUAAGAAUGAAGAACCCUCAAGCAAUCAUAUUCCACAUGGGAAAGAACAAAUCAAACGAGGUGGUGAUGCGGGAAUGCCUGGAAUAGAAGAGAAUGACCUUGCAAAAGUUGAAGAUCUUCCUACUGCUUUAAAGAAACCCUCUAUUUCUGUUGCUCAGUAUGAAAGUCAUCAAGCAAUCUCCCAUAUUCCAACUGGACAACCUCUCUCCCCAAAUAUGGUUCCAGAUUCUCAUGGACACCACAAUGGAAAUCCUGGAACUUCAAAGCAGAACCCUUCCAAUCCUCUUCAGCGUUUAAUUCCAGGCCCGAACUUGGAAAGUAUACCCAGAAUUCAAGCAGAUAUACUAAAGCAGGCUACCAAGGAUAGAGUCGGUGAUUUCCAUAAGUUGAAGCAAAGCCGAUUCUUUGAUGAGAAUGAAUCCCCUGUUGAUCCGCAGCAUGGCUCUAAACUGGCGGAUUAUAAUGGGGAUGAUGGUAACGUAGGUGAGUACGAGGCAGACAAGCAGGCUGAGCUGGCUUACAAUGAGGAAGAAGAUGGUGAUGGUGGAGAGGAAGACGUCCAAGAUGAUGAGGAACGAGAACUUCAAAUGGAUCCUGCAGACUAUGGAAAACAACGUUUCAAUGACGUUCUUUAA